AUGGUGUUCUCCGAAAUCACGGGGACGCUCUCCUUCCUCCAGCCCCAGCCAGAUGACGAUAUUGCCGAUCGAUUACACUAUUAUUACACCUCUACAUUUCUGCUGCUCACCGCGGUUCUAAUUUCCCUAAAAAUGUUCGGCGGGCGACCCAUCGAAUGCUGGCUGCCGGCCGAGUACAAAAAGAGCUGGGAGGACUAUACAGAAAUGUACUGCUGGGCCCGGAGUACUUAUUACACCCCGUUCCACGAGGACCUGCCGGAGGCGGAAGAGCGUGGAAAGAAAAUGGUCUCCUACUACCAGUGGGUGCCUUUCUAUUUUGUGGUCGUCGCUUUUACAUUCUACGCGCCGUGCUUGAUUUGGAGGAUUAUGUACGACAAGUCGGGUAUCCGACUCAAAGACAUCAUGAGCUUUGCCAACGACAAGAGCAACGUGCAACCAGGAGCACGACAGGCCAAUAUCAAGGGCCUGUCGGCUCACUUGGCUUCGGUCUUCAAGCAUCGCUUCAAAUUCGGGACCGAGCAUCCGUUUCAUCAUAAGAUCAUGCGCUUCUUCAACUUCCGCUACUACGAGGCGUACUUGACCUUCCUCUACAUCGGCAUAAAAUUUUUGUACUUGCUGAACGUGGUCUCCCAAAUGGUGCUGAUGGACAAGUUCUUGCAGACCGAAUCUUAUGGAUUUUAUGGAUGGGGGGUAAUGUGGGACCUCAUAAACGGCCGAGAAUGGACGGAAUCCGUCAAUUUCCCCGUCAUCACCUACUGCGAUAUGCAAAUCAGAAUCCUUGGCAACGUCCAGCGCCACACCGUCCAAUGCGUACUGAUCAUCAACAUUUUCACGGAAAAGAUUUUCAUCCUACUGUGGUUGUGGUAUACGCUAUUGGCUAUGCUGACGUUUGGGAGCAUCAUGUCGUGGAUAUUCACGUCGAUUCCGUUGCAGGAACGCCGUAAAUUCAUCGCUCGCCGCCUGGAGUUGGCUGACGUCAACUUCAAGAAGGCCGAUUUCAACGUGGAAUUGGAUGAGUUCGUGAAUGACUACAUAAAAAUGGACGGCAUCUUCGUGUUGCGGAUGGUGACCAUCCAUUCGGGAAUUCUCAUCUGCACCGAAGUGGUCGACCAGAUGUGGGAUCAAUUCCUGGAAGAGCAGGGCCACUGCAUACUCACCGAACUCGCCGAAGAGAGCGGAAAACACGCCGACCACAUGGACCGCGAGAGGGUACCGUCGGCGAUGAGCGAGAAUCCGCCGCUAAAGCGCAAAACAAGCGUGCUGGUGCCGCUCGUCUCGAGGGAAGACCUCACGCACCUCGACCACAACUUUUUGCGGCCGCCCAGCCGUAUGCGGGACCUGUCCCCUUCA